UUCUGCACAGAACACAGUAAACUCAGCUGCAAAGAUCAGUAUGAAAAAGCCAGGCCCAUAACUAUUAGGUCUCCCCAAAUGUAAAGGUAACCACACAUCAGACCUGCUCAAAUAAAAAGGAAAACUGAGUUGUGAGUUUUUCCAGUUUUGGCUUGUCUAUUGUGGGAAAGCACUCUUCACCUACUUGAUGAAAUAAAUCAGCCUCUGUAUUCCUAGCUUCCUCAGCACCCAAAGACCAAAGUUGGAACACUAAAUGACUUGGUGAGAAAGGACUUCCCUCUGUUUGGUAUUUAGUCUUACUGAAUUUCCAUCAUCGGUUCCUUCAGUAGAAAUACAAAUGGAUAGGGUGAGGGGGACUUGGAGAACUGUGGUGCUUAAAUCUAAUACUAUCUAUGGCUCCUCCCAAGUAGGAAAGAUGAGGUCCACUGAGCAUUUUUGGAUGAAAGCAAUAUUCAUACAUUUCUUUCCUCAGAGGGGUUCCAGUAGUUUUUUUAAACAAAAAUCUCUCUUAAUACUGAGGUCCAUUUGUUGUCACAAAACACACAAAAGAAAAUGUUUAGAUUAAAAUUAUGCCACAGAUAGGCAUUACCAUCAAGAAAUCUUUAAGGCUAUGUAACUAAUAAAAUGGGACUCCUCUAAAAACAAAAGCAAAAAACUCAAAUGCACUUUUUAAAUCUCAGAUUCAUUCAUGUUUGGUUGGGAUAAUUUUCCUGUAACCCCAAAGUUUCUACCUUCAAAUAUCUUAGUGUUAUCAAUUCUUUACAAACAGGAUGAAUACACAUUGCACAGCUGAUGUUCUGGUGCACUGCUGGGUUGCACUCCACAACCAAGCGCAUUCUAACUUUGAGAAGAUUCCUUAACUGUCAGAAACCUCAACUGUAGAUUACAACUACUUCUGAUGGUCAUGAGGCAAAGAGAUAAUUGUGAAUUGAACUCAGGGACAACUCUUGGCAUACAGCAAGCAUUCGAACUUUUUCAUUUGGUGCAAAAAAAAAAAAAAAAAAAAAGGUAAGGACUUAAACAGUGGGAAAUGAAUGUGAACCCUUGCAUUUGAAAUUCAACCAUAGGGAGGGGCAGGGAAAAGACCAAAGUACUACUGAGAACUGACACAGAAAUUAUGAAUUCACCACACCCACUACAGGAGUAUAUUAUUUUUUUUUCCCCUUCCCACGGAGGGAGGAGAGAGGAAUCCCGUAUGAUUGGCCAUAUGAAAAGAAUUUUAAAACCUGUGGCAUCAAAAAACUAAGUAUUUGAUACAGGUUGUGUGGUAAUUGAGAGAGCGAGUUGGCAUCUCCUUUAAGACCCAAUUACCUUACAAAAAUGACAAGUUUUAACACAAUUCCUGGUUCAGAGUGUUCAUAAAAAGUUUAUACGACUGUCUCAAGUGUUUACCAUGGACCCAAAACAGGCCUCGGGUACAUUAAGAUUUAGAUUGGAUUCACUUGCCACAAGGUCACAGCUCUGCCAAUUUGGGUUGGAGGAAGAGGGGGGUACCGGGUGGCUUUUGCAGGAGCAUAGCCAGGGAGCAGCCGGCGGGUGGCUCGGGCUUGGGACGGGGUCAGGGGUGAGGACGCGCGGCCUGCUCCAGGUGCACCCCCUCCCAGUCCCCCCGGGCCCGCUGCGGCUGGUCCCCUAGGCCUGGGAUUAGGGGGAGGCGGGGGUCUCCGGAGAGGACCCCGGCCUCCCAGCAGCACUAACUUCUCAGCCAGCAGCUCCUCUAUUCUCCUUCUUUUCUUCUCCCUAAAAGAAAGAGAGAAUAAAAGAAGGGUCAGCAUCAAGCUCCAAAGAGAGCGCCGCAAGGGAAGAUUCAAAAUCCUUCCCUUCAUGAGCAUGAAGUUUAAACCUUACACAGACAUAAGCUGGUUGCUACCGCCGCCGCCUCCGGAUUCCGAAGGCGAAGCUCGCCAAGCAAAGGAACAUGGACGUGAACCUUGCCCCGCUCCGUGCCUGGGAUGAUUUCUUCCCGGGCUCUGAUCGUUUCGCACGGCCGGACUUCAGGGAUAUAUCCAAAUGGAACAACCGUGUAGUGAGCAAUCUGCUCUAUUACCAGACCAACUACCUGGUGGUGGCUGCCAUGAUGAUUUCAGUCGUUGGGUUUCUGAGCCCCUUCAACAUGAUCCUUGGAGGAAUCAUUGUGGUGCUGGUGUUCACGGGGUUUGUGUGGGCAGCACACAAUAAAGACAUCCUCCGCCGGAUGAAGAAGCAGUACCCAACGGCCUUUGUCAUGGUGGUCAUGCUAGCCAGCUACUUCCUCAUAUCCAUGUUUGGGGGUGUCAUGGUCUUUGUGUUUGGCAUCACGUUUCCCUUAUUGUUGAUGUUCAUCCAUGCAUCCCUGAGACUUCGAAACCUCAAGAACAAACUGGAAAAUAAAAUGGAGGGAAUAGGCUUGAAGAAAACGCCGAUGGGCAUCAUCCUGGAUGCCUUGGAACAGCAGGAAGACAGCAUCAAUAAAUUUGCUGACUACAUCAGCAAAGCCAGGGAGUAAGCACAGCUCGCCCAGUGACGGGGCCACAGCGGGCGGGAAUCCGGUCGCACUUUCCCCUUGUUCAGACCCAUUUUCUGUCUGUGGUUUUCAAACAGAAGGUGCACGUCUUACCACCCAACUCUCCAAGGCAUCAUGCAUGCACAGGCCCACGGUUAAGAUCAAUGAUAUAACCCAAGGAAGGCCUCAGAAACUGCAAAAAAACACAGACCCACUCUCCCGUUGUGUCCGAAGUGUCCGGUGUGUUUUCGAAAGAGAAUGUGGACUGGACAGCCACAGUGCCAUUGUAGUGUAGGGAAGAAGUCACUGUAGAACUGGAGGCAAUGUGGAGGACAUUAAGUCAUUUGAAGUCUAGGAUGCUGUGUGUGUUGGUCUGUUUCUAAUGCUGUCUCCUCCAAAAUCCUCCCCUCCCCCAGACUCCGAUGUGUCUGCUCUGGUAGUUUAGCAGGAUUAUCUUUGUUGUUUUAAAACCAGAGGUGGCUUCAGCGGCUGUUUGAUGUGCAGCAGAAACUGGAUCAGCCCGUUUAUGUUCUGUUUACGAAUAUGAAGGUAGCUGCUUAGGACAAUGUUUUGUUAAAUUUUGUAACAUUUUUAAAAGAGUAGUCAUAUGCUUUCACCAGCAGGUGUUUCUUGCAAACUAAAUGUCAACCUCCUGGGGUAGGGUUGGGGGGUGGGGGUGGUUACAACUCUGUAACUUCUGUUAUUCUUGUUAAAAAUAAAUAAAAAUAGAACUUGAGUUCUGUUUAUAUGACACAUUUUUGUUACUACAACAAUAAAGAGGUGUCCAAGAUAA